AUGAACUCUCCCUUACGACCAACAACAGAGAGUUGCAUUUUGGAUCAACUAAUGAAGAAGAAAAACACCCAGCAGUUUACACUUCUGUAUUUUCAACAAUGCUCUUAUAUCCAUCAAAGGAACAGUAGAGGGAUUCAUCGGGUAUACUAUGACCAAGAAAAUGCUGAAACAAAAGCAGGUGCAGCAGAGCUUAAUGGGCUGGAUCCAGAGUUCCAGUGAGUGGAAUUCUGCUUGAGGGACACUCUCUUUGGAGGAAUGGCAGAAGAAGCUUUCACCAGUUCUGAGGGAGGCAGUUUUAGUCAACUCCUCCUCCCCCCAUAGCUCCUGAGAAUCUGCUUUGUGGAGUUGAGGUACCCUCUGGAACAUGCUGCAAUAAGCAAGGGGCUGCAGUGGGAAGCAAGGACUUGCCUCCUUUACUGGAUCUCAGUUCCUGGCAUUUGAUCCAUCCUUUUCCCCGUGCAAACUAUUUGUCAGCCAAGGGCAAAGAAAAUUCAUCAAGUGAUGAGUUCAGAUGGGACAAUGAGAUGAACUUUACUUGUUGACAUUCUGCUUCUUACAGGGCUGUGAAGAAGCAGAAGAGUUCUGACAGUGGUGAGGAAAACUAAACCUGACUUCCCAGCCCUAACCCCUCACCUGGUUCACACAUGCAAGUAAAACCACUUGGCUAUUUUUCAUUUGACACCUGACAGCUCAUUGGGUAAACUGACUCCACUGAACAGCAAGAAUGCUGGGGUGAAGUUCAGUGGGCUAAGGCCCAAGAACAAGGUUUUGGGGGGGGGGCAUUCAGGAAUGUUCCCCUCAAAAAGAGGUGAACCUGAUUAAAAUUGUAUUAAAAUCCAAACUGAGGGAUACUUCAGAGUUUACCCCUCCUUUGAAGAGGUGCCCCACAUGAAAAACUCCACCCCACAAGGGACCCUCUUUAGCUAAGUCUGCUUCACAAGGGGAUGCCUUUUGUCCCCCAACCCAGGAAAAGCCAUAGCUCGAUGACAGAAUAUAUGCCAGGUUUCCAGGUUCAAGCCCCAGCAUCUCCAGGUAUGGCAGUGAACAAUUUCCUUCCUGAAGCUGCCAGUCACUGUAGUGAAUACUAAACUGGUGAAGGCUCUGACACAAUAUAAGGCAGCUCCCUAUGUUCCAAUGUUCCUCAAGGGCAUCACUUCAAAGCAACCUCAUAGAAAAGCAACAAAAAUGAGAAACAUGUUGUCCUGCUGUGCUUGAAAACAUCAGCCUUUUGCAUGUAAGUGCCUGGGAAACACGACUGGUUUCACUUUAAGCCUCUCUGUGUAUGGCUAUCUAGCUUGCAUCCUUCUGCUCAGACAGGCAACAGGCUGGCCUGAGUGGCAUCAGCAGGAUGGGAGUGGUUCAGGAUAUUAACGCACCAGGGGCAGGGGGAGAUACAAACCCAGAGCUUCUGUCAGAAUUUGAGCUGCUGUGUAACAAGCCUCAGGAACACCGGGAGGCAACGACAGUGCUACCAUCUUACAAACACAGUGCCUGUGAGUGAUUUCAUCUAAGGAGAUGGGCUAUGACAGCAGCAAGAAAAGGAGGCUCCAGGCUUACAGGAGAAGCAGCUUUUGGAUUUUACCCUCUUGCUGCUUUUCACAAACAACACACCUGUUUCUCUUUUAUGGGGGAAUACUUUGUUUGAUUGACCUCAAAGCAGGUAUUAUUCUCUGGCUGGAUUCUACUGACAUGAGCAUUUUCUCCAUAGCUCCUCUACUAGGGAGUUAACUGCCACAUCCAUACACACUGACACCAAUGACCAAGAGGAAGCAGUGUCCAAAGAUAAUCUAAAUGAGACUCCACCUCAGAUUCAUCCUACUAGAACAGCUUUCCUUCUAGCACCUUGCGAGUUAUAAUUUCACAACUCAAUGGGAUUUAAGGGAGGAUUAUGUGAGGUGGGCUGGGGAGUAAAGAUGACAUAAACUCAUAUGAACUAGGGCUUCUCCAAGCAACCUGUUUAUGGAUCAUUCAUCAUAAUUUGUUGUGCAAAGCUUAUGCAGAGGUUAAACUACGUUAGGUCUCUAUUGAGCUUUUGUUCCGAUUUAAGUGUAUCUGUUAUGCUAGGAAAAUAUAGUACUUUAAUACACCAACUCUGCAAACUUAAAAUUAAAUCCACAUGGCCUUUAUUUUAUUUAAGGAGCUGGAUACAUAAUUUAAUUAAGUAGUAGCAACUAUUGCCAGCUGGUUCACCUCAACUAAAUUCUUCUCAGAGAAAACCCAUUGAAAUAAGUCAGGCUUCCUCAAACUCGGUCCUCCAGAUGUUUUGAGACUACAACUCCCAUCAUCUCUGACCACUGGUCCUGUUAGCUAGGGAUCAUGGGAGUUGUAGGCCAAAAACAUCUGGAGGGCUGAGUUUGAGGAAGCCUGAAAUAAGUGAACCUGAAUGAGGACUCAUCCACACCUCCCUUUGUCCUGUGAUUUCUUCUGUGACAUCUAGGCACAGGUCCUGCAGCUUUCCCCAGGAAAACCCACUGUUUACCACUGAAUUGGAACAAAUGGCCAAUCCACAGAAAACUCAAUUCUUGUUUGCUCUGGUUCAGCAGUAAACAGUGGGAAAUAAACAGUGGUUUUCAUUUUAUUUUUUCCGUCCCAGGGGCUACAAAGAUGGGUCAGAGCCACCUUUCUAAUGCUGGAGCCUUUUAACUUCCAACAGGAAAUACAAACUGGCUCAGCUUUAUUUAGUUACAGCCUGUUUGAUGGACAGUAGUUGAGCUUCUGGAUCAUUGUGCUCGCUUCACCUCUUUGGCAUUCCCCAAGGAAGUUUCACAUGAGGACUAGAUUUCUUGUGGAGAAUUCUUCUUCUGCUAUUUCUGUUCCUCGCUGAUGUCAUAAUUCCCCUGCCUGUGACACUAGAAUCUUGGCCAUGGCAAGGGGGAUGUCACAGGGAAUGAGGAUUAUGGAGGAGAAAGCAAGAGGAGCCCACCAGGGCUUUAGAUGCCAAAGAAGUCUGUUUUCAUGCACAUGACCCUUCAGGUAACAGCUGAGGGCAGAAGCAAUGGAGAUAGGAUACAUAAUUUAUGUGCACAGGGAAUGAGAAUUGGCACUGAGUAACAUCUUUCUCAAGCUCUCCACAAGGUGUCAUAAGCUUCAUUUCUAUUCAUGGCAUUUCUGGUGCCAUUUAACAAGAUCCUGACUGCUUAGUAAAGCUUUAAAAUAUUAACGUUUAAUUGUGCAAUCACCGGUAUAGAUUUCAGAUGAGUCUGUUUAUAGGUUUUAAUUUAUGAAAAGAGUGUUUGGUUGUUAUCAUUUAAAUCCAUCCAACCAAUCUCUCUCCCCCACCUCUGCCUCCAAAUCUCUUUCUUUCUGUUUAAGGGGAUUUUCUUUCACAUUUUAGGAAAAACGAACUGGCUCUCUAGAAGCCCCCACCCAACACAAAUGAAGUAGAAAAUAAUAACCAGUGAAAGAUUGUCAGCCUAGAAUAACUGGCAUUUGCUGCACAGUUGUUGGUCUAUACCGAUUAUCCCUACAAAAGUAUGUGUGCUUGAUAGGAGAAGUGACUCUGCGCAUUAAUUGGUAUGUUAUCAACACAAAUCAGCAAAUGAAACUUUUUCUAUUACUCCCUCUCCUGGCCCAGAAAAGCCUCGCCUAUUCAUUGUUACCUCUUAUACAGGUAUGGGACGCGGGUGGCGCUGUGGGUAAAACCUCAGCGCCUAGGACUUGCCGAUCGCAUGGUCGGCGGUUCGAAUCCCCGCGGUGGGGUGAGCUCCCGUUGUUCGGUCCCAGCUCCUGCCCACCUAGCAGUUCAAAAGCACCCUUAAGUGCAAGUAGAUAAAUUUCUAGCGGGAAGGUAAACGGCGUGCUGGUGCUGGUUCGCCGGAGCAGCUUUGUCAUGCUGGCCACGUGACCCAGAAGUGUCUGUGGACAGCGCUGGCUCCCGGCCUCUAGAGUGAGAUGAGCGCACAACCCUAGAGUCUGUCAAGACUGGCCCGAACGGGCAGGGGUACCUUUACCUUUUAUACAGGUAUAGGCCAGGGGUCUGCAACCCGCGGCUCCGGAGCUGCAUGUGGCUCUUUUACACCUUUGCCGCGGCUCUGGGGCGGAUACUAGCGAGGGGAGAAGGCGCAUUGUGCGCCCCGACACUCCCCACUGUGGCGGGCGCUGUACUGGCUGUGACAUCGCAUGGGGGCGGUGCGUGCGUUAGUCACGCACCGCCCCGACGUCACCUUCCCACCUGCCCGCCCGCCACAUUGUAAGGGGCAUGUACGCUGGUCACUGCACUGAAAGGGGGCAUGUACGCAGGUCACUGUUUUGAAGGGGAGUGAAGAACACACACACACAAAAACGUAACUUGUUAAUUUAACGUUUAUUUCUAUGAGGAGGAGUAAUUCUGAGGGGUCAAACAAAGAAAUACUAAAAAGUGACAAAAAAGUUAUUUUUAUAAUGACGAGUUUUGCGGCUCCCAGUUUUUUUUUCUUUGGAAGCGGGUCCAAGUGGCUCUUUUUGUCUUAAAGGUUGCAGACCCCUGGUAUAGGCUGUUUUCAAGAUUGUGCAAGAGGAAGGUAGCUUGUUCAGUGGAUUGUUGUCUUUACCUCAUCCCUCAGCAGCACCCCUCCCCCUCAAAAAAGCCUCUCCAAAAAGUGAAGCAGACCUGCAUAGUGAGCUGUGUCUUCUAGGUCUCCAAUGUGUGUUUAGGGGAAAUUGUCUAAAAGUGGGUGGGGUUCCUCCACCUGUUUUUGGCCUUUCCCCUCUGCCUCAUAGCAGGCAUGGAUGACACAGUGCACAAUAUUUGGUCGGUACCCACCUUGAUCUCUGAAGGGAGAAGCUUUUUAGAAGGUAGUGUGUGUUGAAAGGAGAGAGAAGGGUAAGGGAAAGAUCCAUUGCACAAACUCACUUUCCACUCUCAUAUCAAUGGAUGCAACCCUAUAAAAAUAUGGUGUCCCUUGCACUUUCUAAAGAUUGGGAAAAUGUAAAUAAUAGGGAUGGAGCAUGCAGUGGUGGAGGAGGCCACUAGGGCAUCUAGGGCAGCGCACUCAGAGCUGGGGUGAGCCGCCCAUAAGGGUGGGAUGCACCGCAGGGCCUCCAGAGUCUGCCCACCUCCUCCCACUCAGCCGCCCCACAGCUGGGGCGAGGGAGGCAGCGGGAGGACCGUUUGGGCAGCGCGGAGCCUGUGCACGCCCAAGCCACCGUGUCUCUCCCAGGAGAGAUGCGUGGCUCAGGCACACUGCAGGCCCAGCGGUGAGUGCUGCCCGGCAUUUUGUCACCCCCCUCAGUGGUGACACAUGGUCCACAACCACCCUUCCUCCGCCCCUGGGUGGGAGCGUGACUCAGCAGUCCAUGAGUGCAUUUGAUUGUUAUGCAAUGUGAUGAUAAGGAGGAAGGAAGCACAAGUGUCUUCCAAUAGAUAAGGAAAGUUAAGUCCAUGCCUCUGGUUGACCAAAGAUGCAAACAUUGAUGGACAGGGCCAAGGCAAACUAAAAGGUUUGGGGGUUUUAAUUAACACUUACUAUAUAACUUAACUGGCUUUUUUUGCCUUGAGUAAAAUUAGCAGAUACCCAGAACUUAUUUGCUACAUAAUGCUGUGAUCAGGGGUGGAUUUUGGUAAUCUUUCGUAAUAUGGCACCCUAUGCAAAGUCAAAAAUUGGCGCACCCAAGUGGCACAUAAAUUUCUAAUUAUCUUUAAAUGUUUUAAUAGUUUUUUAUUGAUAAUUUUAUUGUUUCUUGUAAAUCACUUAAGAGAUUUUAUUACAAUCAAGUGAUAUAUACAUUUUGUUAAGAAAUAAAUAAACGUGACUGGUCCAAAAAAGUAGUGCCAUAAUUCAAAUCAGUGGUUUUUUGCCCUCAAUGACAUCAUAACAUACUCAGAUCUGGGCAGCACACAGAACUCUGUUGUCAGCCAAAAUGUGACUCCUGGCUGGUUGGACUCAAGAAGGAGAAAGAAGACCUAAAAGGAACACCCCUGUAAGGGGAGGUAAUUCCAGAUCCCAGUUGUAUUUUUCAACAUUCAAACUUGGUGGUUUGACUUCCAAAUAAGCAAGAAUAAAAUGAGGCAGGUCAUUAUACAAGCUUAUGAGCAUAUAUCAAAAUCAGGCUGUCCUCAGGUGGGUAGAUGAGACUAAAGGUAUUUGUUUUAAAAUGUCUAGUUACGACUCCCCAGAUAAAACUUCAGAUUUCUCCCUCUAUUCAACAAAAAUAAUACAUACCUUCCUUUUUCUGUUCCCUUUCCCCUCACAACACUCAAUAACAGUUUUGCAUAGGCCAUGCCUGUAAAAGGAUGAGUAAGCUGGGAUGCCCCUCCCAUGGCAAAAUGAACCGCAUAAAAGGGAAUAUGUCUGGAUCUUAUAAUUGCAAGGAAAGCAAAGAGGGGAGUUAAGUGUGUGAGAAAAAGGAGAUGUGUACAACACUCAUCAGAAGUGGAAACAGGAAGGAAGGAAGGAAGGAAGGAAGGAAGGAAGGAAGGAAGGAAGGAAGGAAGGAAGGCGAUUAAAAUGAGGAGUGUUAGAAAGGUAUAGUGGGCAAGUCUUUCUCCACCAGACCUCCCCAUCGUCCAGGUCACAGCAGCACAGAAAACAGCCCCUCAGAUCUCAAGGGAGUUUCAAGUUUCCACGUGGACUCAGAUAUCCAAACCUAUACAGCAAAGAUUGGUUUCCCGAAAUUAAGGUACCUCUGCAUGACACUGUCUGGCACUCAGAACGACUCAGAAGAAGAAGAAAAACAUUUCCUCUAUUUUAUAGGAAAGGGGUGAGGGUCCUAAAGCAGCCUAAUGGAAAUUUGUAAAUGCUCUGAAGGGCAGUGGUCUUGACAGCAGGUAUUGUGUAGAGUUUUUGAAUGUGAAGCCUAUAUAUCAGCUCAGCCGUAACUGGCCAAUUAGGUCAAGUUGCAACUCUGAGGACUACCUCAUGCUAUACUCAUUUCAGACACAGAACAUACUUACACAUCGGAAAUAGCAUAUAGCCUGUGUGUAGAUCAUUAUCUAUGUCCAUCACAAACAGAUAAAUCAUUGCAUGGACACAAGAUGGGAAAAUCUGGGAAUCUGGCCAAAUGUGGCUUCUUGGCACAUGUCCCGAAAUCAAAUAUGUAUUUCUUGGAAUCUGUUACUUUCAUGUUAGCAGCAUCACUCAUUAUGUCGGAACCAGGGAAAUGAAAGAGAUUCUUUCCUUCGACAGUUCUUUUCAACAUCAUGGGGGCUUUCUUGGCAUCCCAAUAUCUCUCUCUUUUUCUCCAUCAUUUAGUAGGAUUGUAUUAUUUUCUUGAUUUUAUUGUCUUAACUCCCUGUCAACUGCUUCGACAAAGCAGUGUAUAAUUAUUAGUAAUAGUAAUAAUUUUGUUGCAUUUUAUUAUUAUUAUCCUGCUUCAUCUUUCGUUUAAAAAUUAUUUUAGCAUAUUAGAUUUAAUCACUUCCAUCGUUGCACCUCUUGGGUUUCCUUAUAUUGCUAUUUUUUUGCUGUACAUCCCCCCCCCCCGACUCUUCCUGGAAAAUUGUUAGUUGUCUAGACUUUUGUGUCAUCUCUAUCAAGUCUUAUAAUAUGAUUAAUCAAAAUGGUAACUGGAUAAGGUCAAGUAUAAUCUAAAUUAUGCUUUUUGGUUUCAAUACAUACACACACAAGAAUCUUCACACUCGCCAGUCUUCAUGUGUGUUUUGUUCUCCACAAUCCCAAAUAACUUUAUCUAGAGAAAAUAUGUUUGAUGCACCCCAGGAGAGUCUUAAUGAAUAUCUUAGGUGAACAUGAAAAACUUGUCCUUCCCACCCUUAUCCUUAAGUUUUUCCAAAACCCAUUCCAACAGAAGAAACCCAGUUUUUGAUUGUGCUUACCAUCUCAGCACAGCAAUUACUGAAGUUUUCUGGUGUUAGCAUUUAAACGUCUUAGGAACAACUUUUGGCUUCAUUCAUUAGCCACCAACAUUAAAUUACCUUCUUUACUUUGCUUUUCCUCUGAUUUUAGUUAAUGAAAUCCAUCUUGCCCAGCUCCAGUCUCCUGCAGUCCAUUCUACUCUUCAACUUUGGACUUUCCUCCAUCCACAUCCUUCAGUGUCUUUGUUACCCAACAUGCAUUGAUAACUGGUUUGUAUGACAUCACUAGAUUCCUCUUUAAGAAGCUGGGCACAAACUUUUAACAGGGCCUGCCAAUGGCUAUUUCAUCCAACGCGGACUUUGCCAUCCUGCCACCCUCUCAAUAUUUUGUACUACACCUCCCAUCGGCUCCAGCCUGUCUGGGAGGUGUAGUUCAAAACGUCUGGAGAGCACCAGAUUGUUGAAAGCUGUUCUAAUGCAUGGAACAGCACAAAGAGGUCACAUUUCACCCACUUCUCUACAGUGUAGACUGGACUAUAAACUUCUCAGUCCUCCAAAGGACUGAUUCACAUUUUUAUUUCAGUAACCAGACAUCCAGUGCCAUUUUUUGUUAUGUUAACCCCUUAUUUCAGGAAAUCAAGCUGUGCAGUUAUGGAUACUCUUAGAAUGAGAUACAGUCAAACCUCUUAAGCUACCCCAAACCAUACCUAGACAUUUCUCCCCCAAAUCCUUGCCACCCCAUUCUCCAACCUAGCAGCUUGUGGAAUGCUUGCUGUACCCAUUUGGCUUAGAGAUGUGACUGCAUCAAAUAAUAAUAAUAAUAAUAAUAAUAAUAAUAAUAAUUAAAAGGCUCUAAAGGUUACAUUAAAAGGCAUCUUUCAGUCCAAACUGGCAAUGGAAACAAAAACCUUCUCUACCUUGCAGGUCAGCUUUGGUCAACUCAACUUUGUUAGCAAAAGAAUGGAAAAAAGCGAAAACAAUAAACCAGAGGUUAGUAAAAUGGCAGAUAAAACCGGGGUAACAUCACUAAAAAGAAACAAACAAAAAAACAACUGGAAUAACCAGCACAGCCCUUAUGCACACUGAAGAGAUUUGGGAGGGGUGACGCCACCAAAGACAACACACAGACACAUCAGGAGAGAGGCAGCCAUAAGGGCCUCAGUCCAUCACUACCUGAUCAACAUCAAUCCAAAACAGCAGACAACAUAGCACAGACAAGGGAGGGGGGAGAGUAGACACAUUUCUGAAGCACGGAACAUCAGAUGGAACAUUAACGGCACAUGAUUCACCAAUAUUCAUAAAUGAAGCAGCAAACAAUAGUGUUUCAUUUCCCGCGAGGAGCCUCCCUAUUCCCCAAGAAAAGCCUAGAGUCAAUCGGAAUCAAAUUAAGUCAAUAUGGCUGCCAGUGAACCAAUCUGGGUAUUUCCCUCUGUGAUAUGCACACCCAGAAUGGAAAGACAAAAGACUCCUUCCUCAGAUCACCUCUCCUCACUGGGUUUUAUCACUAUGAGUUUUUAUUUCUUUGUAUUUUAAAAGCAAGAUAGACAGUCCCAUGUAAAUGGCAACGUUUUCUCCCUUGUAAGAUAG